GGCGUGGACAGCUCCCGGGCCGGCGCUGAAGGGUGCAGGCGCGGAGGGCGCCGGCCAGGGAGGGGAGGAGAGGGCAGGGGAGCGCAGGAAAGAAGAGGAGAGGUAGGGCAGGGGUAGGGAUGGGAGGGGAGGGGAGGGUAGACGCAGGCAGGCGGGCAGGCAGGCGGGCGGGGCGCGGAGCCCAGAGGCCCUCCCCGGGGGCGGCGCCCACCAGAGCCGGACGCUGCUGAGCCCGAGGACAGGCGGAGACGCCGGGAGCCGGGGCGCCUGUGGCUCCGGGCAGGGGCCGCGGCCGAAAGAUGCCAGUCCGCAGGGGCCACGUAGCUCCCCAAAACACUUAUCUGGACACCAUCAUCCGCAAGUUCGAGGGCCAGAGUCGUAAGUUCCUGAUCGCCAAUGCUCAGAUGGAGAACUGCGCUAUCAUUUACUGUAAUGACGGCUUCUGCGAACUCUUCGGCUACUCCCGAGUGGAGGUGAUGCAGCAACCCUGCACCUGCGACUUCCUCACAGGUCCCAACACACCGAGCAGCGCUGUGUCCCGCCUGGCGGAGGCCCUGCUGGGGGCUGAGGAGUGCAAGGUGGACAUCCUCUACUACCGCAAGGAUGCCUCCAGCUUCCGCUGCCUGGUGGAUGUGGUGCCUGUGAAGAACGAGGAUGGGGCUGUCAUCAUGUUUAUCCUCAACUUCGAGGACCUGGCCGAGCUCCUGGCCAAGCGCAGCAGCCGCAGCUUGUCCCAGCGCCUGUUGUCCCAGAGCUUCCUGGGCUCCGAGGGCUCUCACAGCAGGCCGGGUGGACCAGGACUAGGCACAGGCAGGGGCAAGUACAGGACCAUCAGCCAGAUCCCACAGUUCACGCUCAACUUCGUGGAGUUCAACCUGGAGAAGCACCGCUCCAGCUCCACCACAGAGAUUGAGAUCAUCGCGCCCCACAAGGUGGUAGAGCGGACACAGAAUGUCACUGAGAAGGUUACCCAGGUCCUGUCCUUGGGUGCCGAUGUGCUACCCGAGUACAAGCUGCAGGUGCCACGCAUCCACCGCUGGACCAUCCUGCACUACAGCCCCUUCAAGGCUGUGUGGGACUGGCUCAUCCUACUGCUAGUCAUCUACACAGCCGUCUUCACGCCCUACUCAGCCGCCUUCCUGCUCAGUGACCAGGAUGAGUCACGGCGUGGGGCCUGCAGCUAUACCUGCAGUCCCCUCACCGUGGUGGAUCUCAUCGUGGACAUCAUGUUUGUCGUGGACAUUAUCAUCAACUUCCGCACCACCUACGUCAACAACAACGAUGAGGUGGUCAGCCACCCCCGCCGCAUCGUCGUCCACUACUUCAAGGGCUGGUUCCUUAUCGACAUGGUGGCCGCCAUCCCUUUCGACCUCCUUAUCUUCCGCACCGGCUCUGAUGAGACCACAACCCUGAUUGGGCUACUGAAGACAGCACGGCUGCUGCGGCUGGUGCGCGUGGCACGGAAGCUAGACCGCUACUCUGAGUAUGGGGCAGCUGUGCUCUUCUUGCUCAUGUGUACCUUCGCGCUCAUCGCGCACUGGCUGGCCUGCAUCUGGUAUGCCAUUGGCAACGUGGAGCGGCCCUACCUGGAACACAAGAUCGGCUGGCUGGACAGCCUGGGUGUGCAGCUUGGCAAGCGCUACAACGGCAGCGACCCAGCCUCAGGCCCCUCGGUACAGGACAAGUAUGUCACAGCCCUCUACUUCACCUUCAGCAGCCUCACCAGCGUGGGCUUUGGCAACGUCUCGCCCAACACCAACUCCGAGAAGGUCUUCUCCAUCUGCGUCAUGCUCAUCGGCUCCCUGAUGUACGCCAGCAUCUUCGGGAAUGUGUCCGCGAUCAUCCAGCGCCUGUAUUCGGGCACCGCGCGCUAUCACACGCAGAUGCUGCGGGUCAAGGAGUUCAUCCGCUUCCACCAGAUCCCCAACCCGCUGCGCCAGCGCCUGGAGGAGUACUUCCAGCACGCCUGGUCCUACACCAACGGCAUUGACAUGAACGCGGUGAGCCCCACCGCUCCGGCUAACGCCCUAGGGGGAGCCAAGGUCCCGCGGGGGCGGGGCAUCCCCAGAGCCCUCUCCACCCUCUCCUCAAGCCCUAACCAGGCCAUGCCCCCCUGGACUGGGCCACUCGCCUUCCAGGUGCUGAAGGGCUUUCCUGAGUGCCUGCAGGCCGACAUCUGCCUGCACUUGCACCGCGCGCUUCUGCAGCACUGCCCGGCGUUCAGCGGCGCCAGCAAGGGCUGCCUGCGCGCCCUAGCCGUCAAGUUCAAGACCACGCACGCGCCACCUGGGGACACGCUGGUGCACCUCGGCGACGUGCUCUCCACGCUCUACUUCAUCUCCCGAGGCUCCAUCGAGAUCCUGCGCGACGACGUGGUCGUGGCCAUCCUAGGGAAGAAUGACAUCUUUGGGGAGCCUGUCAGCCUCCAUGCCCAGCCGGGCAAGUCCAGUGCAGACGUGCGGGCUCUGACCUACUGCGACCUGCACAAGAUCCAGCGGGCAGACCUGCUGGAAGUGCUGGACAUGUACCCGGCCUUUGCGGACAGCUUCUGGAGUAAGCUGGAGGUCACCUUCAACCUUCGGGAAGCAGCCGGGGGUCUCCAUUCAUCCCCCCAACAGGCUCCAGGCAGCCAAGACCACCAAGGUUUCUUCCUCAAAGACAACCAGUCAGAUGCAGCCCCUCCCCUGAGCAUCUCAGAUGCAUCUGCCUUCUGGCCUGAGCUUUUGCAGCAAAUGCCCCCAAGGCAUAGCGCCCCAGGCCCUAAGGGAGACCCAGAGUGCUGGCCUCGGAAGCUAGGCUCCAGGCUAGAGCAGCUCCAGGCCCAGAUGAACAGGCUGGAGUCCCGCAUGUCCUCAGACCUCAGCCGAAUCUUACAGCUCCUCCAGCAGCCCAUGCCCCAGGGCCAUUUCAGCUACAUUCUGGAAGCCCCUGCCUCCAAUGACCUGGCCUUGUUUCCUAUUGCCUCGGAGACUCAGAGUCCGGGGCACAGGCUGCCCCAGGACUUUCUGCCUUCUGCACAGACCCUGAGCUGUGGAAACUUGGACAACUGUAGUCCAAAGCACGGGAACUCCUUCCCCGGGAUGCCUCACCUGGCUGUGGCAACAGACAAAAGUCUGGCACCAUCCUCUGAACAGGAACAGCCUGAGGGGCUCUGGCCACCGCUGGCCUCACCUCUGCAUCCCCUGGAAGUACAGGGACUCAUCUGUGGUCCCCGCUUCUCCUCCCUUCCUGAACAGCUUGGCUCUGUUCCCAAGCAGCUGGAGUUCCAGAGACAUGGUUCAGAUCCUGGAUUUGCAGGGAGUUGGGGCCACUGAACUCCAAAAUAAAGACACCAUGAGAGUAUUGAAGGUGGACAAGGUGAGAGUUAAGGAUCUUGGGGAGGCAGACAGCCUCCCAGAUGGGCUUCUCCUAGAGUAGCUACAACUGCUGAUCCAGGUGACCUAGAAUGGCAUGGGUGAAGAGGCUCAGGACUUUUCCCAGCCUACUCUGGGGUUCCAUUUAGGCAGCAAGCCUGGUUGAAGGUGGGAGAGUCUCAGGUGUAGAGGCAGCUUACAGGAUGGAGGGGCCAGUGAAGAAAGAGGUUUCUGAUCUAUGUACCUCACUCUGGGCUGCAUGUGAUCACCUCCCAGCUCAGAACCCUCCACCACCUCAUGGCCCAGCACCAAGGCCUGGGGUUGGUCAGAACUCUUACCAUGGAUCCUCCCACCUGGCUGGAGAUGGAGGUGUAUUCUAUGGUAGACAUGUUAGGACAGACCUCCAGCCCUCUGCUCCUGAUGGUUCUGUGACGUUGGGUCUCUUGAGGGCAGUGGAGUGUCAGACAGCUAAUAAAAUGCACAUUUCAUGUUGGGACGGGUGUGUAACUUAUCUGAAGGCCCUCAGGUCUUUGGCAGUGCGGUGGCUUUCUCCAAACCCUUCUUGCAAGGAGCUGGAGAUCUACCUUCCACCAUAUCCAGUAUGUUGGGGACCUGAAGGUGGCUCUACUGGGCCCAGAAGCUCCAGAGACACUGGCUCAGUGGCCCUAAUGGAUCAUGACAAUAGCCAGUACUUCAGUAGCACUCGUCCUGGACCAGGCACUAUGCUGACAGCACUGCAGAUACUUGUUCAUCUAAUCCUCAAAACAACCCCAAGGGGUUGGCAUUAUGGUUGGCAUUAUUAUCUCCAUUUUAGAGAUGUGGGAUCAGUAGCAGAGAGACUAAGACACUUACCCAAGCAUGAGGGGGUAUUCUGAGGUGCAGGUACCGUUCUGUUUCCUGAUCUAGGUGCUGGUUACAGGAGUGUGUUCAGGUUGUGAAAGAGUGUGCUUCUAUGUAAAUUAUACCUAAAUUAAAAAAAAAAAAAAGUCAGACGUAGUGGCUUAUGCUAUAAUCCCAGGGCUUUGGGAGGAGGCUGAUGCAGGAGAACCGCUUGAAGCCAGGAGUUCAAGAUUACAGUAAGCCGUGAUUGCAUCACUGCUCUCACAGCCUGGGCAACCGAUUAAGAUGCUGUCUCAAAAUAAAAAUUUUUUAAAGUCAUGCCCAUACCCAACACAACAGGAAAGGAGGCUUUGUGAGCAUGUACAAUUAACCACUGCUGAAAAGGGCUGUUGUCCAAAAACUACUUGGUUAUUGGUUUUCAGUCCUUCGCUCCCAUAUGCUGGAAAAUAAUUUCAAAAAUGUAUAUCUCCCACACACCUUUUUAAGUUGCCAUCUGAAAUAUUAUAAAACACUUCACUAAUAAAUUUAAAUAGAUGCAAAGGA